CCAAAUGUAUGGGUGAUGGUCUGCUUUGGCAGAGGUGAUAUGUUGCGAAAACAGCUCUCGUAUUUCCGAAGCACAUGGGAAUUGUAUUUACGACCCUCUCUAACUUAUGAAGUUGGAGCUGUAGAGUAUGACGACUUCAAACCAUCUGAAGAACCUGUAUAUAUAUUGGGAAGAAAGUACAGCACAUUUCAUGAACUUGAUGACCUGAGGACCAAUAUUACGUCAAAGGUCUGGCUGACAUAUCGAAGGAACUUCCCAGCGAUUAGUGGCACAGACUACACCUCUGACACAGGCUGGGGAUGUAUGCUUCGGUGUGGGCAAAUGGUAGUUGCUGAGGCUCUCAUGCGACGGCAUCUUGGGAAAGAUUGGCAGUGGUCACAAGAAACAAAAGAUGAGAAUUACCUGCGUGUCCUGCGCAUGUUUCAAGACAAGAAGAACUGCACGUACUCGAUACAUCAGAUUGCACAGAUGGGCGUUUCGGAAGGAAAGACAGUGGGCCAAUGGUUUGGGCCCAAUACCAUUGCUCAUGUACUAAGGCAACUGUCUGCAUUUGACAAGUGGAGCUCCAUUGCCAUGCAUGUUGCCAUGGACAAUGUUGUAGUGAUGGACGACAUAAGGAAAGUAUGCAGAGUUGAGACAUCAGAUGCUGAGGGUGGUGUUAGAAAUCGGACACAAUCACAUGGACUUGCAGCUGCAGCUGCAUAUUCUUGGAAGCCUCUCGUGCUCUUUAUCCCUCUGAGGCUUGGCCUGAGUGAAAUCAAUCCUAUCUACUAUUGUGGCCUCAAGGUAAGAAUGGACAUAAAAAAGUGCUACUGGAAGAUGGCAAAGUUGAAUUCAGUGACUGAAAAGGCUUGUUUCAUAUGGGUGGUUCACAAAGGAGAAUGUUCCUGCUGUAGCUGCUAAUGGUUGGUAAACGCGAUGCAAUU